AAACAUUGAGGGACAUUCCCUUUAAUCCUCUGGUUGACUAGAGCCUGAGACUAUUUGCAGCGUUGUCACUGAGGUGUUGCGUUUUUGUCGGUGGUGACAUAUUUUCACGAAAGGGCUUCAAGUCAGUGAAAUAUUUGCUCUUUCUGCAUAGUGUACGUCUUUGUUAGUGUAUAACUUGCUGGGCUUUGCGAUGCACCGGUACAUCUUCCUUCUGUCCACCGCCCUGACGUUACUGUUCUCCGGACCAGCUCAAGGAUACUUCCCCGAAGAACGCUGGAGCCCCGAAUCUCCUCUUCUUGCCCCCCGGGUCCUCAUUGCCCUUGUCUGCCGCAACUCUGAACAUUCUCUGCCUUAUUUCCUUGGAACUAUCGAACGUCUGAAUUAUCCCAAGGACCGCGUGGCAAUUUGGGUAGCGACGGACCACAAUGUGGACAACACUACAGCCAUCCUGCGUGACUGGCUCGUCAAGGUCCAAAAACUCUACCACUAUGUGGAGUGGAGGCCGCAGGAGGAGCCCACAGAGUACCAGGAUGCAGACAGCCCGAAGCAGUGGACCAACCUCCGCUACGCACACGUGAUGAAGCUACGGCAGGCAGCACUGGACUCCGCAAGAGACAUGUGGGCAGACUACUUCAUGGUGGUGGACUGUGAUAACCUAUUGACCAAUCCUAAUGUACUGUGGAAGCUCAUCAAGGAGAACAAGACCAUCGUAGCUCCCAUGUUAGAGUCCCGUGCAGCCUACUCCAACUUCUGGUGUGGCAUGACCUCCCAGGGUUACUAUAAGCGCACCCCGGCCUACAUCCCUAUGAGAAAGCAGGUGCGUAAAGGAUGCUUCGCGGUUCCCAUGGUGCACUCCACCUUCCUGAUUGACUUGAGGAAGGAGGCGUCACGCCAGCUGGCCUUCCACCCCCCUCACCCAGACUACAGCUGGGCCUUCGAUGACAUCAUUGUCUUCGCCUUCUCCGCUCGCAUGGCAGAUGUGCAGAUGUUCCUAUGUAACAAAGAGACUUAUGGGUAUUUCCCCGUGCCACUGCGAGGCCACAACUCCCUGACAGACGAAGCAGACAGCUUCCUGCAUUCCUUGUUGGAGGUCAAUGUGCGGAACCCUCAUGUGCUGCCCUCGGAGUACAUCCCGGCCCCCGUAAAGAUACAAGAUAAACUGGGCUUUGAUGAGGUGUUCAUGAUCAACCUAAAGAAACGGACAGACCGGCGGGAUCGCAUGCUGAGGACUCUGUACGAGCAAGAGAUUGCCUGCAAGGUCAUUCAAGCGGUAGACGGCAAAGCGAUGAACAUCAGUGAGAUCAAUGCCCUGGGGAUCCACAUGCUACCAGGCUACAGUGACCCGUACCACGGUAGGCCCCUCACCAAGGGAGAGCUGGGCUGCUUCCUAUCACACUACAACAUCUGGAAAGAGAUCGUAGAGCGGGGUCUAAAGAGUUCCCUGGUGAUCGAGGACGAUCUGCGUUUCGAGGUCUUCUUCAAGCGACGCCUGAUGAACCUGAUGAGUGAAGUGGAGAGCCAGGGGCUAGACUGGGACCUGAUUUAUAUCGGCAGGAAGAGGAUGCAGGUGGACCGCCCUGAGAAGUCCGUGCCCAAUAUACACAACCUGGUGGAGGCCGACUACUCCUAUUGGACGCUGGGCUAUAUGAUGUCAUUACAAGGAGCCCAGAAGCUGCUGAGGGCAGAGCCGUUGAAGAGGAUAUUACCCGUAGAUGAGUUCCUUCCUGUCAUGUUCAAUAAACACCCUGUCUCGGACUACAUGGAGCACUUUGAGGAGCGGGACCUGAAGGCCUUCUCGGCCGAGCCCCUGCUAGUGUUCCCCACUCACUACACAGGAGACUCGGGCUACAUCAGCGACACAGAGACCUCCGUGGUGUGGGACAACGAGAAGGUGCGUACGGACUGGGACCGGGCCCGCUCGGGGAAGACCCAGGAGCAGGCUGAGAUCAGCAGCGAGGCCCAGAACUCUGACGUACUCCAGUCACCUCUGGACAGCACAGCCACACGGGACGAACUAUGAGAGGAGAAGGGGUGGAGAGGAAGGGGAUGGGAUUGGCGAUGGAGUAUGAUGGAGAGAUAUGCUGAAGAUUAAGAACCAUCGUGAGUGAUGUGAACCACCAAGGGGUUUUUUUGUGUCGUUUUUUUACGUUUUAGCCCCCUUUCAUUGCAGCAACAUGACGUAUAGUAGGCGCCUGUUUUUGCUUACUUUUUUAACCAAAGAUUACAAGUUAAAGGGAUUAGUUGCAUUCUUUUGGAGAGAAAAAAUUAUUCCAUUUCCUUUUUCAUUUCAGAAAUAUGUUGGACUCACCUUUUUUGUUGUUGCUGCAUUUACAAGACCCAAAUACAGGGUGGGUUCUGUAUGUCAACAGUGAUCUGGUUGGACUGUCUAUUACAUUUCAGUGAUGUGAUUGGCCUGUGAACUGGAACUUUGUUUCUGAUUGGUCACUACCAUGCCUCAAGUGCCUUAUAGCCUAGUUCAUCAUGCCAAAUCUCACAACUGACCCGAGACCUUGUCACCUCUAGAAUGAAUAAUUCAUUUAUUAAUUGUUAAUUAAUUAACGUGUGUGCAUGUACUAUAACAGUGAACUGUAGCAGUCUUUCUGAAAGGACUGGAAAAGACGAGCAUCUGCAUGCUUUUUGGAGAUAGCUUUAAGAGGACCUUUUUCAUUUGUUCAUUUGUAAACUAUAGCUAGAACUAACAUCUAUUGCAUCGAUUAGAGAUUUGUGCUUGAAAGUUGUGUGUGCUGCUUCGCAAACGAGUUCCAUAGUUUUACGAAAACCUCAAAACGGAGCUCAAAGUCCCAUCAUAUGACAAAUGAGAUUAAUACCAAAACAGUAGUAAUUAAAAAGCAACACCUCCCAAAAGGAAUGACUUGGCUACCCGACCUCCCUAUCAGACCCUAACCGUUGAGCUACAGUAGUGCUCUUUAUAGCUGUGGAAUACAUCUUCUUAAAAACCAACAGCUCUAUGGUUAGAAUCCUAACUUCCACUUCAGUCAAAUCUUUCUCAUCUGUUAAUUGACAUCAAUGCAUCACUAUAAGUAAAAAUUUGACUUAAGUGGACGUUAGGAUUCACCCCUAUCCGCUUUCCCUGUCAGUCCAUGGCCAUUGAGUUACAGUAGAGCUGUUUAUAGCAGUGGAGUACUCCUUUCCCCCACUUGCCACCUCUGGUCUGUUUCCAGGCUAAUGGCUUGUCGCCUUCACACAGAGGGUCACCGGCGGGAGCGACCGCAGUAGACGCCUCACACUUUUGUGGUCGAGGAGGAGUCAUGUGAUUCCUCCCAGCCACAUCCAAACUUGGUCGGUCGGCCUGCGUCUCCACCUCUCUCUCCUCAGCAUUAAGAUAGAAAGUGGAAAGCAGAAACACUUUGGACCGUGUAGUAUAGCAGUUAAAUAGAAGCCUGUGUUUAACAGAUAAGAGACAGAGCUUGGAUGGAUCGUCAUGCUUUUCAUCUUUUAGUUAUUUAUUGCUGACCUGUCAGAAGAGGUGUCCGUCUAGAGCAGGGGUGGGCAACUCCAGUCCUCGGGGCCUGAUUGGUGUCACACUCUUUCUCCAUCGCUAGCAAACACAGCUGAUUAAUCAAAUUGCAUUCUAAACUGAUUAGGUGAUUAUUGGAGUCAGGUGUGUUAGCUGGGGCAAAACUGUGACACCAAUCAGGACCUCGGGGACUGGAAUUGCCUAGGGCAUGGUUUCCCAAACUUGGCUCUGCCCCCCCCCCCCCCCCUGUGUGCACAUUUUGGUUUUUGCCCUACCACUAAACAGCACAUUCAAAUAAUCAAAGCUUGAAGAUGAGUUGAUUAUUUGAAUCAGCUGCAAAAAAACAAAACGUGCACCCAGGGGGGUCCCCAGGACCGAGUUUGGAAAACCCUGGUCUAGGGCACGUGUCAAAUUCAUUCCACGGAGGGCCGAGUGUCUGUGGGUUUUCACUCCUACAUUGUACUUGAUUGAUGAAUUAAGGUCACUGAUUAGUAAGGAACUCCACUCACCUGGUUGUCUAGGUCUUAAUUGAAAGGAGAAAAAAAAACUGCAGACACAAAAGGCCCUGGAAUGAGUUUGACACCCCUGGUCUGAGGGGUGUCUCCCAAGGUGUUGGUUCUAGCUGUAGCCCUGCCUUCCAAGGCAUUGGUUCUAGCUGUUAGGUGGGAGAUAUUAAGAUUCAGUUGAGAUUCACUCAUAGUAGUCUAAGGGAUUACAUUGUCUGUCAUAACAGCGUUUUUGUAACUUCAUACCAAAUAAUUAAAUAUUUUGUUAAAAAAAUGAUAAUUAUGGUCACUUUUCCUCCAGAUUGUCAAAUUAGAGAUGUCUCCAUUUUACUUUGAGAUUGAUAUGUCAUGACCAAAUUGGCUAGAUGUUGCACCACUGAAACCUUAUCAAAGUUAUGUCUGUCUGUGAUUAUAGGGUUGUUGGGUGUCAAAUUGCAGAGUUCCUUUUUACAUGUGCCAUAACUCCUCAGUGAACAAACUCUAACACAGAAUUAAAAAAUAACUAUGGGAUCUCCAUGCUUUCUACUUACCAACCAGUUACUAAAAGUUACUACAGUCAGGAAAUUCUGCAAAAUGGGAAUAAGACCUAGGCUAGGCCUACUCUGUUUCAUGUGUGCUUUAUAAACCAGCUCUUUUGCUCCCAGUGUGAUGGCCCGCUAAAAUUUAACCUUGAUAGGCAUUGUGCCCCAAAACUGUAAUUUUCAAGUGGUUUAUAUAUCAAACAUUUGAAGAUUUUAAAAAAAAUGCCCUUGCGUAACGGUCACGCCGCCUGCUGUUAUUUAUAUCCCUCUGAAAAACAAUUAUAGCCAUGGUUGAGUUGACGCAGUUGACGCCAAUAAUGUUACGACAUAGGAAUGCGGUCGGACAAGAUGCUUAGCGGAACAAGACUGUAAGUAGGGACGGAAAACCCUAGUUGAUAGACCUGAAAAGAUUGUUCUAUGACACAGUUUUACUUCUCAAAGAGAUUGAGGAAAUCAGUCGGAGGAUAUGAGACUCUGGGCUAGGCUACAGUGAUGCGCAAAGGACACUACCUAUUCAAACUGACAAUUACACACCUCUGUGGGAAAUUGAUCAUUUUUUUUAAUGUGUUUUGUUCUACAUUGCAUGAAAUGUAUAGUCUACCACAUUUUGUGCUAGGCUAUUUGAAUGCGUGUUAGCCUAAUUGUUUUGUGUUGCGUGCCUACAUGGAAUCAGACAGCUAGAAAUGUCUUUGUUGGAGUUGAAUAUACACCUGCGCCAGCGGCGUGGUGUAAAACAUACGCCUACUGAACAGGGAGAGAAUUAUUCUCAUUUACCGGGAAUGAACACCACACUUAUCCCGUAUCAAAACGGUAGUGGUAUUCGUGGGAUUAAAUACUACGAUAUAACAUGGACAGUGUCAAGACUCCGCACAGUGGCGGAAUGUCUGAGACAACUAAGACUGCUUUUUGAGGACUGUUGCGGUAAGUCAAUGGAACAUAUUUACGACUUUCACACACAUGGUUUUCUUUUGUAUGUCUAAUUAUUUACAGACAAGACGAAUAGGCCUAUGACUAUGCAGUUCUGUCAUGUUAUCUGAAGAUUUUCGCGUCUGCCAAGGCAUACCACACAGCCAAAUUCGUGCUUGGACAAACAAAAGGACUGUCUGGGAGACGUUCAUGCGCGCUGUGAGUCUGACACUAAGCUUUGUUCAUGUCCUAGUCGAAACUAGGAAACUCGGAAAUGUCAGACUUGCUAACUUGUUGUAGUUAUACACAUCCCGCGUUCAACUAGCAAGUCCGAAAUGUCAGUUUCCUUGUUCCAACUAGCACCUGAACGCGGCAUAAUGCCCUGUUGGCUACACAUCGUGACGUGUUUCAGUACACCGUACGUCAUCCUCUCGCAGUCUUGCCCAAUGAUCUGUGGAUUGCUAACCAAUACGUUUUCCCGACAACUUUCGCAUCUUUCCAACUUUUUUUUACCAGAGAAGUUGGUUGGCCCUAUUUGAUGUCACGAGGGUUGAUAAAUUGCUAGAUGUUCAUAUAUAAAGCCCUUUUACAAAAAGUACCUGACAUCAUACAAACUUAAGACAUACGAGUUACCACACCCAGUCUCAGGGAUGGCUAACUCUGGAAAUUAACUUGGUCUCUUCUAGAUAGCCUAAAUCAACUUCGUUUUCUUGCACCUUAUUUGUGGAACAAUCUUCAAAAUGUGAAAUAAAUUUAGGGCAAUUCAGAAAGCGGUUGGAGGACCUUAUUGCUGAUGAAUGUGUUGUUUUUUAUGGCUUUUUCUUUCUGCUUGCAUUUUGUAUUUAUAUUGAUGUGUAUUUUCAGUAAUUUAUGUAAAUCAGGGCUCAUCUGUAAAAGAGACCUUGACUUCCUGAUAAAAUAAAAGUUAAAAAGCCUGUA